CGUGACGAGGUGACGAGGUUGAAUUGUCAGCGCGCAUUGCGGCGAUUUUACAUAGAGCGUACGUAUGAUGAGAACGUACCCAAUUUUGUAACGGCUGAACUUCAUCGGCUUCUACUUGAAAACUGGUAAAUUCCAGAAAUUACGAAGUCUUACGAUUUAUAGGAACAGGGUCUGUAACUACAUGACACCAUCAAGAUUCAAGCUCUCACUGAAGACCCCGACUCUACCAGGCUGCUCCAUCGGCGGGGCCCUGAGGGUUAGGAGGCAGGCCUACUCAACUGAUCUAAUCUGCUUGGUCAGUGGAAACACAUGUAGGCAGCUCUAGAUGUAGAACCCCACCACUGAAGGCAUACAAAGUGCAGGGAGAUUCAGAGAAAGUGCAGCUUGCCGAUUCCCUAUGAGCCAGAACGCCUCAAUGGAGUGUGACUAUGAGCAGUUCGGGGACACUGGUUACGAGGACAAAGUUUCGGUGUUCCAGUAUACACAGAAGAGACAGAUAGGCAAAACACCAAGGAUUUCACGGAAGCUGGACUCCUUUGCGGCCAAGAAGUUACCAUAUCUUCUUAGGGAGAAGGAAAUAUCGCUCGGAACAACCAACAAAGUCUUUGCCUCGGAAUGGCUGUCAGACAGACAGGUUGUCUUUGGAACCAAGUGCAAUAAGUUGAUUGUGCUAGAUGUGUACACCGGUCAGCAGUGCAGGCUACCGGUUAUCAAGAGUCGGACGGGCCGUAUCUUUGAGAACGGUCUGUAUACUCAGUCGCUGAGUUUCGGUGGCAUCCACAGCAUAGCCAUCAACCCCAGCAAGACGCUGCUGGCCACCGGCGCGGACAAUCCGGACAAUGUCGCCCUCUACAAAUUACCCUCGUUUGACCCCGUGUAUCUCGGUGAGAACUGUCAUGAAGAUUGGAUAUUUUCCAUCGCGUGGCUAGACGACCAGUAUUUUGUAACAGGUUCCAGAGAUUCCAGUAUAGCACUGUGGUCGAUCAACGAAACGCAAAGCCCGGAAGACAAGCCGCUGUCCAAAAACGUCUACCUCUCUAAAGGAAGGUUUCGGGGGUCCUCGGUCCGCAACUACUCUGAUGACGAGGAGUCCUGGUCGUCCUCUCCGGACAGGUUUGAAUCCUACCACAGCGGGAGUGAGGAUAGUGCGUACAGCUCAACCGAGGACGUGUCCAGCCACACCUGUCUGAAGGAACUUGCCCGCAAGUCUUGCCAGGACAAGGACAAAGUCAGGGCACUACAGGUGAACGAGUUUAAAAAGGACCUUGCUGUGCUGACAUCAAAUGGAUUCAUCUACACCAUCGACAUGGAGUCAUUUGAUCAGAAGGACGUAGAGCAUCUAACGUACUGUCAGGAGAAUGUCUGCAUCGCGCUGUCUCGGGACAACUCCCUCUACGCCGUGGGGUCGCAGUCCCACGUCACCUUCCUAGAUCCCCGCACCCUGAAGUCCAUCGCCUCCAUCUGCUCCAAGGAACGGGGAAGUGGUGUUCGCUCCGUCAGCUUCAGGGAAGAAAUUGUGACUAUAGGAACUGGCAAGGGCACCUUACGCUUCUUUGAUAUCCGGAAUCGUCGCUAUCUGCCAGACGAGGCACGGCCAAAGAGAGAAUGCAUCCUGCAGACAGGGUCGGGGCACCUGAAUCGUGACGACAUGUAUUUCCAGCAUUUCUAUGGGGAGCAACAUGAGAACGCAGCAUACACUCACUGUUAUGAUAAGUCGGGAACCAGACUAUUCGUUGCCGGCGGCCCCCUACCGGCAGGACUGUCCGGAAAUUAUGCCGCCUUGUGGCAAUAACCCACCGUAACACGAGUCACAUGAGAACAUUGUUAUGCAAUUCACAACAUUAAAAUUGGUAUUCGGAUGUAUCAAGGAUGUAUUGCCAGUGGUGUGACAAAGUUAUGUAACAUGAGUCACAUAGCAUUUGGUGUUUGGAACAUCAAGGAAAACAAAUGUGUGACCAGCGGUGUGACAAUAUGAGUCACAAAGUGGUGGGUAUACGGGUGCGUCGAGGAAAAACAGCCGUGACAAAUGGUGUAGCAGAUUGGCAUUCUGCACUCGUGAGGCCCAACAUCUUUUGUCUGCGGAGGAUUUAGAUGUCGCCUGUUUGGCAAAUUUUCUGCCCUUCAAAUGCUGGAAAAUGGAUUACUGAGGAAUCUCUAGUGUCGUAUACAAAGGGAAGAGACACCAGCAUGCUCCAUGCGCAUGUGACACAUCUG